GUUAUUAUAAAUUUAAUAAAAAAAUGUGGAAUUACACUCCUGCAAGUAAACUUUGUUAAAUGAGAACAUAGAUGGAAGUAAAAUAAUAAUCCUUAAUAUAAGGCAUAUGAUAAACAUUUAUAUAGUGUUAGAAAUGCAAAAUCAAUAGUUAAGACAACAAAUCCAUAUAAACCAUAUUUUUUGUCAGUUUGUAGUAGAUAUUAAAACAAAUAUGAGUAAAAAAUAAUAAUGAUUCUUUAUGAUAUAGAGAAAUAAUGAAAUAAAUAAAUGUAAUUCAAUAUUGUUUGAUAAAAUACUUGAUAUUGAUCUUCGAUAA